CCAUCACUUUUGACCUUCCUCUCUCCUCUCUCUCUCUCUCUCUCUCUCUCUCUAACAAUCAGAGCUCCGACGAGGACGAAGCUAUCUGGCUCUCAUGGUGGGUAGAUAGAGGCGCUGCGAUCGGCCGUCUCUUCUCAAUCCGUUACCUUCAAUGGCCUCAAACCCUCCAGCUGGUAAUCCACCGCCGAAGCCCUGGGAUCGAGCAGGCGGGUCGUCGGGUCCUGCACCAUUCAAACCACCCUCUCCAGGCAACACCAGUGAUGUAGUCGAGGCUUCCGGGACUGCAAAUCCUGGGGAGAUUGUCCCAACCAACAACGGGAAUGCAGCUGCCAAUACAGGUGCCAUUACUAGGCCUAUGCCCUCGAGGCCGUGGGAGCAACAGAACUAUGGGAGCUCCUAUGGAGGGUAUAAUUCUGGUCCGAAUUACAACUCGGGGUAUGGCUCGGGGAUGUAUGGAUCUUCGAUCGGCGGAUAUGGAGGGUCGGUAGGUGGUGGCUUGUAUGGAAGUGGAAUGUACCGAGGAGGUUAUGGUGGGCUUUAUGGCGGCGGUUCAGGUAUGUAUGGCGGUGGUUAUGGAGGGGGGAUGUAUGGUAACAGUUUUGGAGGUCCUAUGGGUGGUUAUGGUACGAAUAUGGGCAUGGGCCAGUAUGGUCAGGAUCCAAAUAACCCUUAUGGUGGUCCACCAUCUCCACCAGGUUUCUGGAUCUCUUUUCUUCGAGUGAUGGAAGGUGUCGUAACGUUUUUCGGUCGUGUCGCGAUGCUCAUAGACCAGAACACCCAAGCUUUUCACAUGUUUAUGUCAGCCCUUCUUCAGCUUUUUGAUCGCUCAGGUAUGUUAUAUGGCGAACUGGCUAGGUUUGUGUUGAGAAUUCUAGGCAUCAGAACAAAAUCUAGGAAGGUCCAACCAGGGCCCAAUGGGCUUCCCGGUGCUCCUGGUGCCCCGAUGCCUCGGGGCAGUCAGAACUACGUCGAGGGGCCAAAGGCAGCUCCUAACGGUGCAUGGGACGGUGUAUGGGGCGACGGUACCUCUAGUUAGAACACAACAUUCAGACCAAUUACGUAUGGAAGAAUUACAGGGUAAAUUGGACAGAGAGAAGACAGAAAAUAAUCAAGUCUCAAUGGGUAAAGUGAUCAAUUUCACUUAGGCAGAAAAUGCUUGUUCCCUUGUAAGGAGAUGAUCCCCAAUACCAGAGGGCUGGAGGCUGGAGAUAAGAAGAGAGACGGAAAGAAAGAAGUUGCGCUUAUAUGUUGAUGAGGUUGUUUCUGAGGGCAUUCAUUGCGGUAUUGGGGACAUAUGGGCCGAGUUGCUUGAGGUUGGUUUGGUCGGAACGGGCGCCCGUCUCUUUUUCCUUUUUUAAAUAAUUCAGUGUGACCUGUGGGAUACUCUCACCAUGAAUCUGUAAUGGAUGUUAUACUUUGUAAUCUAUGAAGAUAGAUUGGGCUUCUUGUGCUAAAUAAAUAGAUAAAACAACUAAAUAAAGUGAUAAAACGACUGAAUUCAAUAAA